CGUUCGUCAGUUCCACCGACGUUUUAUUUUCACGGAUGUUCCGGAUUUCGCGCCUUCAACAGUGAUGGCCAACGACAAACGCACCGUGUACGUGGGUGGCCUCUCGGACGAGGUGACCGAAAAGCUGAUAAACGACGCGUUCAUCCCGUUCGGCGACCUGGUGGACAUCCAGAUGCCGGUGGAUUACGAGUCGCAAAAGCACCGGGGCUUCGCAUUCAUCGAGUUUGAGAACGCCGAGGAUGCGGCCGCCGCCGUGGACAACAUGAACGACUCGGAGCUGUGCGGGCGGACGGUUCGGGUGAAUGUGGCGAAACCGCAGCGGAUUAAGGAGGGCAGCAAUAAGCCGGUUUGGUCGGAGGAUUCGUGGCUGCAGCAGCACGCGGGGGCCACGCUGGCCAAUGGGGAGGGUGGUGGUGGCGGAGGGGAAGGUGAUGGGGUGACGACGGGGGAGGAGGUUCAGCCAAAGGAAGCGAAGGCGCCGGAAGAGAAGAAGCGGAAUCCACAGGUGUUCUUUGACGUUCGGAUUGGGACGAAUGACGUUGGGCGGAUCAUUAUGGUGCUGAGGGCGGACAUUGUGCCGAAGACGGCGGAAAAUUUUCGGGCGCUGUGCACCGGGGAGCAGGGCUUCGGGUUUAAGGGAUCGAUCUUUCAUCGAGUCAUUCCGGAGUUUAUGUGCCAGGGCGGGGACUUUACGGCGCACAAUGGAACCGGGGGGAAGUCGAUCUACGGGAAGAAGUUUGCGGACGAGAAUUUUACGCUGAAGCACACCGGCUUUGGGGUGCUGUCGAUGGCCAACUCCGGACCGAACACGAACGGGUCGCAGUUUUUCAUUUGCACGGAGAAAACCGACUGGCUGGACAGCAAACACGUCGUGUUUGGAAAUGUAAUCAGCGGCGCGGACGUCGUCCGCAAGAUGGAACGGUGCGGCUCCAAAAGUGGCAAAGUGAACCAGAAAAUAACGAUCGUGGCCUGCGGAGAACUGAAAGUUGGUACCUACCAAAUCCGCGGCAGCCAGUUGAUCUACGACUUGUUGGAUUACGCAUUGAAGGCAGGCUAUCGACACAUUGACACCGCCGUGUGCUAUCGUAACGAGGCGGACAUCGGAACCGCCCUGAAGACGUUGCUUCCAAAGUACAACCUCAAGCGGGAGGACAUUUUCAUUACGUCCAAGAUCAUCCCCCAGCUCAACCAGGGCGAGCACUUUGUGGAGGAGCUCGUGCUGAAGUCAUUGGCCAACUUACAAACGGAAUACAUUGACCUUUACCUCAUCCACUGGCCCGGCGUUAGCGGGCUCCAGGUGUCCCAUCCGGACAAUGUCAAGUACCGUCGGUGCACGUGGAACGUGCUGGCCAGGAUGCACCGCGAGGGCAAGUGUCGCUCGAUCGGGGUGUCCAACUACACGGUGCGCCACAUCCGGGAGCUGCUGGCCGAGUGCAAGGACGGGGUGCUACCGGCUGUGAAUCAGGUUGAGUGGCACCCGCAGCACUACCAGCCCGAACUGCUCGAGCUGUGCCGCGCCGAGGGAAUCUUCCUGCAGGCGUACUCCUCCCUGGGAACCUCCGGCAGUACCCAGCUGCGGGAACACCCUACGGUGGCCGACAUCGCCUCUCGCCUAGGUCGUUCUCCGGCCCAGAUUCUGCUCCGUUGGGCCGCCCAACAGGACGUGGGCAUCCUGCCGAAAGCGAGUUCGCAGGCGCGUAUUGAAGAGAACAUUGCGCUCGACUUUGAGAUCCCCAAGGAGGACAUGAGCCUGCUGGACGAGCUGAGGAAAAGCAGCGGCGCGAAGAAGUACGCCUGGGAUCCGACCCCGGUCGUUUAGAAACGAAUCUGUUGUUGUUCUCACACGUCACGUGGUGCCUUUCGUUUGCAUUUUUUGUUUUAAAUCAUUCUUAUACAUUUUUGCUGAAAGCUUAUUUAAGUCGGUGUACUGUGUACGGUUUUAAGAAGUAGAACGAAAAUAUAAUUUUUAUUUUGCUAAAGCUAGAAACAAUGGA